AUGAACUUGUUGUGCAAUCCAACUGGGAAGAGCGUGACAUUCCAUGCUAUUGAUUGGCUUGUUGAGCAAAAUAACCUGUACAUCAAGGUGAUUUUCCCAGGUGGUGGUCCAAACGGCACUCUCGAGCACAUCAUAAAGGAAUCUCCGCUCAUUGAAAUAUACCGGAGUUGCCAUGUUACCAUGGAAAACACAUUUCACUUACAGCACCAAACCAUCUGGCACUCAGCGCCGAACAGAGUAUGCAGAUGGUCCUGUUCUGUCAUACUGAAUUGUCUUGAUGUCGCUUAA